AUAAAGAAGUAAUUUCGUACAACAUAGUCCUUUAUUAGGGAGUCGAAGCUAGGGUUUUAUGUUCCGAACAGUCAGCUCUCACUCUCGCCUCUCUUCCUGAUAAACCUCGCAGGCGAAGGUAGGUCAUCUGGGUGAGUGAAAAUGGUUGAGAAGACAAAGGGGAGAAAGGAGGAGGUGGUUACCAGAGAGUACACCAUCAACCUGCACAAGCGCCUGCAUGGCUGCACCUUCAAGAAGAAGGCUCCCAAUGCAAUUAAGGAGAUCAGGAAGUUUGCCCACAAGGCUAUGGGAACAAAGGAUGUGAGAGUUGAUGUGAAGCUUAACAAGCACAUCUGGAGCAGGGGGAUCAGAAGUGUCCCUAGGAGGGUCAGAGUUCGCAUUGCACGUAGGAGGAAUGAUGAUGAAGAUGCGAAGGAAGAGCUCUACUCUCUUGUCACUGUUGCAGAAAUUCCACCCGAAGGAUUGAAAGGCCUGGGCACCAAGAUCAUUGAAGAUGAGGAUUAACCCUUUCAAUUUGUGUGUGAAAAAUAUUCCCUAUAAUAGGCUGAAAGGUUAAAUUGGAUUUCCUUCUCUUUUUCCCCUUUGCCUAGAGUGAUUUCAAAUGGAUUAGUUUUUCUUUCUAUCACCAUAACCAUAUGUUUGUAGCGGACGAAGUUAUUAUCAGUGCUGGACACUUUCUAUGUUCUUUCUA